CUGGUGACAACAUUCAUUGACACGAGUUAACAGUGUCACACACAACAUUGUCAUUGAUAGCAAAAUAUUUCAUACAAUUUUUGUACAAUGUUAUAUUUUUUGAAAUAUUUUCACUACUAUUAUCAACGUAUAUAUAGAAGAGAAGUCUUUCUUGACUUGUUCUAAACAUCAGUAAUUUUGUAAACGUGUUAUCAGUUCUCAAAAACAAUUAGCUAGGCCAAUAAUCUGUCAAAUUAUAUAAAGGAAUCUCGUACUCUACGAUAAUGCAUGGAAACCGCAACAAAAAUGGUAAACCUUCAGAAAGGGCAUUUCUUUUAGUGUCAGAUAGUGAUGAAGAUGAAGAAGAGCAAAUUGGUCUUCCGUCUGCCAGGCCAGCCUCGUCACGUCACAAUAAUCACAACAGUAACUCAUCGGACAGUCAAUUAUCAAAAGUAAAAGAAGAUAUUCUAACUGUUACAAAGACAAUGCAAAAUAAUAUGAGCAAAGUUUUAGACAGGGGAACUAAAUUAGAUGAUUUGCAGGAUAAAACAGAGGAUUUAGAUAUGAGCGCCUUCAAAUUCGUCCGCGGCUCAAGAAGGUUACAGAGAAAAAUGUGGUGGCAAAAUAUGAAACUUAAAUUAUUAUUUGGAUUCAUCUUUCUUGGUCUGCUUCUUGUUCUAAUUGUAUCAUUGAUUCUAAGACACAAGAAGAGCUGAGAAAAAUUGACUAAAACGUAAUCGCUCGUGUUGUGUUCAUUUCUAAUCCGUGAAAAGGUAAAACGUUUAAUUGAUAUACAGAGAUUGUUUUGGACGGACAUAGCAGGCGAAAUUCGCCAAAGAUUUUAAUGAACAAUAUGAUAAUAUAUGCAUGAAUAGUAUAUGAAGAAUUAUUUAGACCAUUCAAGACAAUUGCCGAAAGGAAAUAAAACCACUGAUCUUAUGAGAGCGAAACAAGAUAUGUUUUUACGAUAUUAGUGUCUCUCGCAGCCUGUUCGCGGGUUCACUCUUGGCCCACAGGGUGCAAGUGGUGCACUUGGCUUUCCCUGAAGGCAUGUCUAAUGAUAUAAAGUAAUGUUAAACAAUGGAGUUGGGUUAGCUGUGUCGAGGAGGACGGCGAAAAGCUCAGUAUAGGGGCAUUACUUAAUUUAUAGCAUUAGAGAUGACUAAAGCCUAGGCUAUGCAGUACUAUAUGGUACACUCGCUAAGGCUGUGUUUACAGGCCGGUAGCGUUUUCGAAAGUUGAUGUUUCUUAUCAUUUGGACAUUUUGUUUACAUGGCCCAAGGGAAAAUAUUUUCAAUAUAAUAAAUCAGCUGCAAUUCCUGUCAAGUAAAUAGACAGUGUUUACAUUUGGGGGAAAUCGCAAAUGAAAAUGAAGGGAAACGUUACCGUGUGCACGUAGCCUUGAACUACUUCAUCAAAGUGAUGUAAAUUAAAGAGAAAAUUCAAAUAAAGAUAAUAUUCUGAUGCAAUAUCCUAAUGUCAUCUUUCUACUGUUGCUAAAACACAAAAUUUUCACUUCUUGCCAGGAAUCCGCUUCUUG